GGCUGAUUCUGCAUGAGGGAAAAAGUAGAAGAAACUAUAUGGAGAGUACAGGGAGCACCCUGGUGGGUCCCAGAGGAGAGAGGCCACUCGCCUUCUGAUGGAGAGACAGCGGAAAAAACAUGGAUAUGGACAUGGACAUCACCACCACGGGCACCACCAUCACAGUCACCAUGGGCGCAGUCACAGCCGAAGCCGCCACCAUGUGGAGCUGGACAUAGGCAGCAUUCAUGACAGACAGGAGGAGGAGCAGGGCCACACGUCCUCCUUCAAGAAACGCCGAUCCUACUCCAAGUGCAGAGACUGUGUGGCUCGAGUACAGAAGUUCCUCGUCUCGAAAUUGGGAGGAGACUGGAUCUUUCUGGUGUUGUUGGGUAUUACCAUGGCAUUAGUUAGCUGGACCAUGGACUAUGCUAGUGCCAAGAGUCUACAAGCCUAUAAGUGGUUUUAUGGGGAGUUGAGGGGAAAUAUCCCACUGCAGUACCUGGUCUGGGUCUUCUAUCCCAUGGUGCUCAUCCUGUUUGCCUCCCUCUUCUGCCACCUGGUCGCUCCUCAGGCCAUUGGCUCUGGUAUUCCAGAGCUGAAAACCAUACUCCGAGGUGUUGUGCUGAAGGAGUAUUUGACACUCAAGGCAUUUAUUGCGAAGGUGGUGGGACUCACUGCUGGCCUGGGCAGCGGUAUGCCGGUUGGCAAAGAGGGUCCCUUUGUUCACAUAGCCAGUAUCUGUGCAGCUGUGCUAAGCAGGUUUAUGUCUUUCUUCUCUGGAGUCUAUCAGAGUCCAUACUGUUAUACAGACAUCCUCACAGUGGGCUGUGCUGUGGGGGUUGGAUGCUGUUUUGGAACCCCUCUUGGAGGUGUUUUAUUCAGCAUUGAAGUUACAUCAACCUAUUUUGCUGUGAGAAACUACUGGAGGGGCUACUUUGCUGCCACUUUCAGUGCUUUUAUUUUCAGAGUGCUGUCUGUGUUUAAUAAGGAUGCAGUUACCAUCACUGCUCUCUUCCGCACCAACUUCCGCAUGGAUUUUCCUUUCGACCUGCAGGAGCUCCCGGCAUUCGCCAUUAUUGGGAUCUCUUGUGGGUUCCUGGGAGCUUUCUUUGUUUACCUGAACCGCCAAGUUAUCCUGUUCAUGAGAAGACCGAACAUUCUCACACGAUUCCUUACAAAACACCGGCUGAUUUUCCCUGCUGUUGUGACCUUAGUGGUUACGACACUGACAUUCCCUCCAGGCUUUGGGCAGUUCAUGGCUGGAGAGCUGAUGCCCAGGGAGUGCAUCAACUCUCUGUUUGAUAACUUCACCUGGACUAAAAUAUGGGGUUCCUCCCUUCCUCCUGGUCUUGGUCGCUCUGCUGUGUGGUUUCACCCUGAUGUCAGCAUCUUUGUCAUUCUUAUUCUCUUCUUUAUCAUGAAGUUCUGGAUGUCUGCCGUUUCCACCACGAUGCCCAUCCCGUCUGGAGCUUUCAUGCCUGUCUUUGUAUUGGGGGCCGCAUUCGGUCGCUUAGUGGGUGAGAUCAUGGCUACUCUCUUUCCUCACGGAAUCCUGUUUGAUGGUAUACUGUACCGCAUCAUCCCUGGAGGGUACGCUGUCAUUGGUGCGGCGGCGCUGACGGGGGCCGUCACUCACACAGUUUCCACCGCGGUGAUCUGCUUCGAGCUGACCGGUCAGAUCUCUCACAUCCUUCCCAUGAUGGUCGCCGUCAUCCUGGCCAACAUGGUAGCGCAGGGUCUGCAACCAUCGCUGUACGACUCCAUCAUCCAGGUCAAGAAGCUGCCCUAUCUCCCAGAGCUGGGCUUCGGCCACAUAAGCCAGUAUAAUAUCUUCGUGGAGGACAUAAUGGUGAGGAAAGUGAAGUUUUUAUGUUCCCACUCUACAUACAGAGAAGUACUGCAUUUGCUGGACUCGACCUCUUUAAAAACCUUCCCGCUGGUUGACUCAAAAGAAUCUAUGAUUCUAUUGGGCAGCAUUGAGAGGUCUGAGCUUCUCGCCCUCUGUGAUUGGUGGCUGUCAGCAGAGAGGCGGAUCCUAACGCAAGGACAGAACUCACAAGGUCAAGUGCCUUGUGCCAGAAUCAGCUGGGAAUCCUUUGCCUUUGUUGAUGAGGAAGAAGAGGAUGAGAAUGAAGAUGAUAAGACGAUACCAGUUCAAGAGGAAAGAAACGGUCCUGUGCCUCCACCCAAACCUUCAGAACCAUCCACCAAUCACACAUCUACCGAUAAGGGUCCUUCUCCGUCUUUCAGAGGAAUUUUACGUAACUUCUUUUCAUCCUCUUCAGAACGACACACAGAAGGUCAGCCACAGGAGCCUUAUCCUCCACCUUUAACUGACACAAUGACACCAGAACAGAUCAAAGCCUGGGAGGAGACAGAGAUGGACAAACCUCUGGAUAUCGAUCAAAUCAGAAUAGAUCCCUCCCCUUUCCAGCUGGUUGAGAGAACAUCACUACAUAAGACUCAUACCCUGUUCUCUCUGCUGGGCCUCAGUCAUGCCUAUGUAACCAAUACUGGAAAACUAGUGGGAGUCGUGGCACUGAAAGAGCUCCAAAAAGCCAUCGAGGGUUCCACGCGCAGUGGCGUACGCUUGCGCCCACCUCUGGCCAGUUUCCGUGACACAAUUCGUAAAGCUUCGAAUCCUCCUCAGGCCUCCUCCGCUCCAUCCUCACCCGGCUCCACCACAGCUCCCUCCUCGCCUCUGUCCGCACCCGUGGUCCCUCACGUCCCGAGCCCAGCGGCCCCAGUGCAGCAAGAGAUGGAGGUGUGGAUUGAGGGCGUGAAACGAGAGGUGAUCGUGGGGAACAGCAGUAGCACGACGACUGGAAGCAGUAGUGGCAGCAGUAGCGGGACAGGAAGUAGUGACAGUGAGACAGGAAGUCCCGAUAGCAGCUCGACCCUACCGCCCUCCUCUCCUCCACCCCCCAUCCCUCUCUCCACCCUGCUGUCCGUCCCAGAGAACAAGGAGUGUGAAGAAGGCGAGGAGCACCUUUAGAACAACAAGUAAAGUUUGUUUUUCUUUUAUUUAAGGUGUGAACAGUGUACUUUUGUUCACUUUUAUUUUUAUAUACCAAUUUCAUGUUUUUUAUUCAUGUGCUCGUUUCAAAAUGUCUGUUCUUUUCCUGAGUCACACUCAGAGCAUGUGAGCUCUGCUACGUUUUCCGCUCUAUGGACGUGCGCUCCACUCAGUCGCUCUAACCGUCCAAGCAAG